GCGCUCUUCGCCCAGCUCUCGGCGCCGUUCGAGUGUCGCUGCUCGUUCCUGGAGAUUUACAACGAGCGCGUCUACGACCUCCUCGACAAUGACACCGCGACGUCGAUGGACGCCAAGCUUCUGCGCGAAGACAGCCAGCAAAACGUCUUCGUCCAAGACUUGCUCGAGAUCCCCGUGACGUCGUCGACGUCGGCGCUGCAGCUGCUGACGCUCGGCGCCAAGCAGCGCACGGUGGGCAGCACGGCCAUGAACCGAGAGAGUUCGCGGUCCACACUGCAUCUCGUCGACCUCGCCGGCUCGGAAAAACAGACGCAAACCGGCGCGACGGAGAGUGCGUCUCAGAGAGGCAUCUUGCUUCGGUUUACAGGUGAGUAUAUCAAUGUAUUUUGUGCGUAG